CGUCCUUGAACGCCCAGCAUACCGUAGGUCAAACUUUUGCCAUUUCACCUAAAGCUGGUGGCGGGAAUGAAAAAAUCUCGAAUAGGACGUUAAAUAAAAAAAUUAACAAUAAAACAAUCUUACUGUUUUGGACUUCAACAGUCUUACUGUAUUUAACUGAAAUAGCCUUAUUGUAUUGAACUUUCAACAUCCUUAUUGUUCUGGACUAUUUGUAGAGAUCGCUACAGUUAUAUACCUUAACAAUUCUUUUUAAAUGAAUGUUGAAUUGUAUUCUAUUUUGAAUUUGUGUGAUUGAACAGAUAUAUCGUUUUUAAUUUGUAUAUUUGUUAAAGUUAUACUGUCAAAAAUAAUUUUUCCAUGCUUGUGGAUUCAAUUCUAAAAUUGAAACAAAGCAAAUUUUGAAAUCUUGACAGGAGGAAGAAAUUACCAUAUCUGCCCUGCUGGGAUCAUUAAAAUCUUGUCUUAAUAUACUGCUUUUCUCUACAUCACUUGUUUCCAUUACAUUUUCAUGUAAAUAUGAAAUAUGAUUAAUUAUUUUAAAACUCUUCUUAAAACAAUUUAAAUAAACUAAAUACAGCAGCAAGCCUAGGGAUUGUGGUCAGCUGAACAGGUGCACUUGCAGAAAACUGAUCAGUUGAAUUUUUCAGAUACUGAACAUGAAUUUAUUUGGAUGAUUAGGACAUCAGAUUACUUGCUGAAGAUGAAAAUGGCAGUUUGGCUGAUUCUAUUUUCUUUGAUUUCAUGUGUAAGCGGGGAAUUUAUCAAAAUGUGUUACUAUAGCGCCUGGGCAAUUUAUCGAGACGGGACACAUGCCCUGGCACCAGAGAAUGUUGAUGCCCAUCACUGUACACAUAUGGUCCUUGCUUAUGCCACGAUAGACGAAACGGGCAAACGGGUGAAAUUUCCGGACGCCCUUGAAGACAUGCAUCUUGCCGAGAGAUUGAACGAUCUACGAGACCACAAAGAUGACAUUAAUAUGGUGCUGUCAGUGGGAGGCUGGAUGAUGGACAGCGAGGCUUGGACAAAUGUUGUCAGAACCAAGGAAUCUAUGGACGCCUUCAUUACAGAAGCCAUUGUAUUCCUCCGCUUUUAUGACUUUGACGGCAUUGAUCUGGACUGGCAGUACCCGUCCUUUAGAGGAAGCACUCACGCGGAUCAAGAAAAAUUGGUGGAAUUUUGUGAGCGUUUUCGACAUGGCAUCGAGACAGAGUCGGAACCUGAUAGCAAGUGGCACCUGUCGUUUUCAUUGUCUGUAGACCCCUCGGCCUAUCGUGUGAUGCACUCCUACGACCUCAGAAAAUUAUCGAAGGAGGUGGACUUCUUUAACUUGAAGACCUAUGACCUUCACGGUCACUGGAGUGAGCCCCUGACAGCUGACCAUCACAGCCCUCUCACUGGAGGUGACGAUCUCAGUCCAGAACCCAAGGACAGUGUUAAUGAACUGGCUAAGGAGUGGGUUCUAUCAGGGGUACCCGCUAACCAGAUUGUGAUUGGGCUUGCCUUCUACGGUCGAUCCUUCAAAUUACAAAACGCUAACUAUUCCAUGCCAGGUGCCCCAGCCAUGGGCCCGGGGUCGGAUGGAGGGGAAGGGAUCCCUGUCAAUAAGAUAUGUCACUUAAUCCGAGGUGGAAUACGAGAAAGAUACAUUCCUGAAAACCGGGUUCCAUAUUACGUUAUAGGAGAUGAAUGGGUUGGAUUUGACAAUCCAAGAAGUAUCAGAGAGAAAGCCCAACUUGUUGCUAAGAAUCACCUAGGAGGAGUGGCAAUUUGGACAGUAGACCAAGAUGACCACAGUGGUGCUUGUGGUGACAAAUGGCCGCUUAUGUUCGCUAUAAUUCACGGACUUGGUCCUCGGGAAUAUGUUAGCUAUGUAUCAGCAAAGCAUGGUUCUUUGAGAGAUUUACUAAAUAAGAAAAUAUCGCAUGCUCACAAAGAACUAGCUUUCUUCACAGGAGCUCAUGACUACAGAAAAGCUCGAGUGAAAGAGAAAGAGGUGGCCGCUUAUACCAAACAGUUGGCAAAAAUGCAAGCUCAACAGUCCGCGUUCUGGGCACAAGUACAAUCUUCUGCAACUCGUGGUGGUAGUCCAAUGCCCCCAGUUGACAAGCCUUCGUGGACGAUGAUCAUGAAUACGAUGAUCCGCUCCUUUCUUCUCGUCACUCUAAUCACCUUAACAGAAGUCCAUGGAGAAUUCAUUAAGAUGUGUUACUACAGCGCCUGGGCGACGUACAGAGAUGGAAACACGGCGCUACAACCAGAAAACGUGGACGCUUUCCACUGCACUCACCUGACCCUAGCCUACGGAACCAUCGAUGAAAGCGGCAGAAGAGUCAAGUUCCCAGAUGCGUUUGAAGAAAUGCACUUAAUCGAGCGAAUGAACACAUUACGUGAUCAUAAUGAGGAUCUAAACAUGGUUCUAUCUGUGGGAGGCUGGAUGAUGGACAGCGAGGCGUGGUCUAACAUACUCCGGUCCAAAGACAAUAUGGAAGAGUUUGCAAAGGAGGCCAUUGUCUUCCUCAGGUUCCACGACUUCGAUGGAAUCGAUCUAGAUUGGCAGUAUCCAGCUUUUAGGAAAAGCACGGCUGAAGACAAAGAGAGAUUUGCUGAUUUGUUGGAGAUAAUGCGGCACGCCAUAGAAACGGAACAUGAACCUGACAGUAAAUGGUCGUUGUCUCUCUCCCUGUCUGUGGACCCAAGCGCGUACAGAGUUAUUAACUCCUACGAUCUUAAACGGAUGACAAGAGAGGUGGAUUUCUUCAACCUCAAGACUUACGACCUCCAUGGACAUUGGGAAGACCCGAUGACUGCCAUUCACCACAGCCCUCUCACCCAUGAGGAAAGCCCUAUCAACAUUAAUACCUUGGCAAGGAGUUGGGCAGAAGCAGGUGUCCCGAAAAGCAUGAUUGUGAUAGGUAUUCCUUACUAUGGUCGAUCCUUCACACUCCAGAAUCCUAAUAUGACCACACCUGGGUCUCCUGCCAUAGGACCAGGCUCUGACGGAGGAGAAGGAAUUCCUGUCAAUAAGAUAUGCCAUAUCAUUAGAAGUGGAGUUCCAGAACAAUAUAUACCCGAACAGAAAGUACCAUAUUUUGUUAUGGGAAAUGAAUGGGUUGGAUUCGAUAAUUUAAGAAGUGUUAGGGAAAAGGCAAUGUUGGUAGCUUCAAACCAUCUUGGUGGCGUUGCACUGUGGACAAUAGACCAAGACGACCACCAGGGUGUCUGUGGUGAAAAGUGGCCGAUAACUUUUGAAGUAAUUCAUGGUCUAGGCCGAUCAGAAUAUGUGGGUUACGUUGCAGCGAAGCAGGAAUCCCUCCGAGAACUUAUAAACCACAAAAUCUCGCAUACUGCCCGAGAAAUAGGUUAUUAUUCAGAUACACAAAACCACACAAUGGCCGCCAAAAAGGAGGAGGAGUUGACACAGCUACAAAAUGAUUUGGCUUUACUUCAAGAUCAGCAACAACAACAGUGGCGUCAAGUCCAGACUGCUGCUACUUUAGGUGGCAAACCAAUACCGCCACUGGAUCAACCUUCAUGGACAAUUUAAUUUAUUUUCUUUGGUUUAAUUCUAUAUGAUGAUCAUUAAUUACUAAUCGUAUGAUAUAUACUUUGAUAUGAUACAUGUAUGAUACAGCCAAAGAGUUGUUAAUUAGAUAUUUUGUUGACAAUAAAUUCUAUCCUUGAA